CAGCGGUGGAGGUAGACGUGCAGCUCCAGGUGUGAAACAAACGCGCCCUAAGAACUGACAGUUGGAAUUGAUUUUCGCGUUGAAUACUACGAAAAUGUCCAAAAUAGGCGAGGGUAGCGGCGGAUGGGGCACAGUGAGUGAAAAUACACUUUCGGAGAAAUUCCCUCUCCACCGCGCUUGUAGGGAUGGCGAUGCGGACUUCCUUCGCUCGCUCCUACGACAAGAGGCGGCUCGCUCGCACAUCGCCGUCGAGGACACUUACUACGGAUGGACUCCGAGUCACUGGGCGGCUUACUUCGGAAAGCUGGAGUGCCUGCGUCUGCUAAUCUGCGGCCUGGGCAACGGAAUAGCAGCCAACCCCGGCCAGAAGACCUCGCGUUUCUCGCAGACGCCCAUCCACAUUGCCGCCUUCGCCGGGCACCCGCACUGCCUGCAGUGGCUGAUCCAGGCGGGGGCGGAUCCCAACGCGCAG